UGUUUGUGUUCCAAUCUCCCCAGCAACACGUCGAAGCGCCCGUGAGCCCGAGGUCGGCCCGCGUGUCUGAGGAAGGAAGUCACGAGCCCACCUUCCUUCGGAGUGAGACAUACACACAUGUCCCAUUGUCACCGCCAUUAGCAUUCCACUCGCGUGAUUGAUCUACUUCCACUUCUACACGAAUCGGGUCGUCGCUAGAGUCACGGCCAUUCUGGCUCCCCGCGGCGCCUUCACCUCUCCCUUCCGCCGUCCGCUCCUCCUCUUCCUCCUCGCCCUCGUCGCCAUUCUGGCUCUCUACCAGGUCGUUCCCCGCCUGCGCACCUUCGUCUCUCAGAUCACCAUCCCGAAGGCGCCCUUCUCAGUCACCACAGGACAACGGCCCAUCACCACAUCCACCAUGGCGAGCGCGAAGUACAGAAAGCCGCCUCAAGCGCCGCCGCUCUUCACGCAUACACCCGAGAGGCUUCUGCAAGAUACUGAUCGCAUCAUCGAGCGGAGCAAGAGUCUACAGGACCGAGUGGUCAAGGAUGUGUCGCAGGACAAGGCGACGUUCGAUAGUGUACUGCUACCAUUUGCGCAAGAUGACGAUCAGAUGAGUCUUUCCACACACAUCAUUGGCUUCUAUCAAGCCGUGUCUACAGAUGCCAAGCUGCGAGAUGCGUCGACGGAGGCGGAGAAGAAGAUGGACGACUUCUCCAUCGAGGCGUCGAUGCGCGAGGACAUCUUCCAGCUGGUGGAUUCGGUCUUCAAGAAGCAGAAGGAUGACCAGAAGUUGGAUGCGGAAAGUAGGCGGCUGCUGGAGAAGGACCACAAGGGUUAUAUUCGGAUGGGCCUAGGGAUACCCGCCGGACCGAAGAGGGAUCGUUUCAAGGCGAUCAAGAAGCGGUUGUCUGAGCUUAGCAUUACCUUUCAGAAGAACCUGAACGAGGAGCAAGGCGGCUUGUGGUUCACACCUCAGGAGCUAGACGGCGUGCCGGAGGAUGUGACGAGCAAUUUGAAGAAGGGCGAGAAAGGCACGGAACACGAGGGCAAGCUGUGGUUGACUUUCAAGUACCCGGAUCUCUUCCCAACGCAAAAGUACUGCCGGAACGCGGAGACGAGGCGGAAGGUGUUUGUUGCGAAUGAGAACAAAUGCAAUGAGAACGUGCAGCUGUUCAAGGAGGCGAUCGUCUUGCGAGACGAGGCUGCGCGGUUGCUGGGCUACCCCAACCAUGCCACAUUCCGCAUAGAGGACAAGAUGGCUAAGACACCGAAGACAGUGGAUGAUUUCCUAGGCGACCUUCGGAAACGUUUAGCACCUGGUGGAGAGUCAGAGAUCGCGAAGCUGAAGGAGCUGAAGAAGGCCGAGACUGGAAAUGCAGACAAGUACUUCCUUUGGGAUCAUCGCUUUUACGAUACUUUGAUGCUGGAAAGGGACUACAAGCUCGACCAGAAUCGGAUAGCGGAGUACUUCCCGCUUCAAUCCUCCAUCGACGGCAUGCUCAAGAUCUUCGAAGAGCUGUUUGGGCUCGUCUUCGUUAAGCUGGAAGCGGAGGACCGCAACGCCAUUUCCGAGACUGGCAAGGGUGAGGACAUCGUCUGGCACCCAGACGUUCACGUUUUCUCCGUCUGGGACGAUGAAGGCGAGGGCAGUGGGUUCGUAGGGUAUUUGUACCUCGACUUGCACCCGCGAGACGGCAAGUACGGCCACGCUGCCAACUUUAACAUCCAACCCGGUUUCAUCACCAGCAACGGCACGAGACGGUAUCCCGCAACCGCAUUAGUGUGCAACUUCAGCAAGCCCACGCCGAAGAAGCCAAGCUUACUCAAGCACGACGAAGUGGUCACCCUCUUUCACGAGCUAGGCCACGGCAUCCACGACCUCGUCUCGCGCACCACCUACUCUCGCUUCCACGGCACCUCCACCGUCCGCGACUUCGUCGAGGCCCCAUCCCAAAUGCUAGAAAACUGGUGCUGGACACCCUCCCAAAUCAAAGCAUUAAGCAAGCACUGGAGCUACCUCAGCGAUGAAUACAAACAGUCAUAUCUAGAGAGCGCGACAAACGGCGACAAGCCGCCCGCGGAGAGUAUGCCAGACGACCUGAUCGAAAGCAUCGUAAGCACGCGCCACGUCAACGACGCCCUCUUCAACCUCCGCCAACUCCACUUCGGCAUCUUCGACAUGACCGUGCACGAACCCUCCUCCCGCUCCGCCGUUGAAUCCCUCGACGCAAGCGGGCUGUACAACAGACUGCGGUACGAGAUCUCCGGGCUCGAUGGCCCUGAAGCCCUCAACACCUCCUCCACAGACACAAACUCCACACCAGACGACGCAAAAUGGGACUGGGCCAACGGCCAAGCAACCUUCGCACAUCUGAUCGGUGGCUACGACGCCGGGUAUUAUGGCUACCUGUCCAGCCAAGUCUACUCGGCGGAUAUGUUCUAUUCGGUUUUCAAGCGGGAUCCGAUGGAUGGGAAGGAAGGGAGGAGGUAUCGGCAUACGGUGUUGGAGAGGGGAGGGAGUCAGGAUGAGAUGGAGACGUUGAGGCAGUUUUUGGGGCGGGAGCCGAGUACGGAGGCUUUCUACAGGGAGCUGGGGCUUUCGUGAGGGGAGCCAAAGUAAGGUACGCCUGAGCUGGGAGACGGCUUGCGAGCUUUGUUGAGGAGGAUGAUGAGUCCUCUGUGAGGUGAUAUGCAUGCAUUUUUAACGUUGUAUAUAUUGCCAAGCGUACUGACUAACAACGUGCUCGUGGUGACGGCCGUUGGGCCUUGUUCAAGAAGCGGCGGAGCUUGCCGGCUUGUCUGACCUCACACUAC